UUCCUGCCCUCCCAUUAAUAACCGAGCGCUGCUCCCCAAUUGGCCAACCAACAUGCGAACGGCAGCGCUGUCUGCGUCUCUGCGUGUCGUGCCACCAUAUUCGUCAUUGCCACCUUGAGGCUCAAGUAGUCUUGCCGAAAGUAAAACGUGUCUUUGGCGUACCGUACUUCCUCGACGGAGACUUGCACGAUUGAAAAUCGUUGUUUCGCACAUUGAUCACAAUACGCCGGUAGUAACAUUAUCCACAAACCAUCGCAAUCAUGGCCGACAUACUCAAUGUCUAUAUGGGCACACCUCCUAUUGCUAGGACGGUCGCAACAGCUGUAUUUCUGUGCUCUGUAGCUUUCUACACGGGCAUGGUCAGCGCCGAGCCCUUCAUCUUCCACUAUUCGUUGAUCUUCAAGUAUCCUCCUGGGCUUUACCGACUUGUAACAAGCUUCCUGUUGACAGGAUCGGGAAUGUCUGUGCUAUUUGAUACAUACUUCGUCUUCACAUACUUGAGCCAGCUCGAGGGCAACCCUAAGUUCAAGAAUAAGGCGGACGUGAUCUGGUACUUGAUAUUCGUCGCCGGUGUCAUUUGUCCCUUAAACGCAUUUUUCACCGAAGGCAUGCUAUUACUGCAUGCAUUACUCACUGCACUAUGCUAUACAGCAACGCAAGACCAGAGAGGCAUGAACGCACACUUCUACAUCAUCACUAUCCCAGCACAACUUACGCCUUACUGUCUCCUGCUUGUCCAGCUCCUAUUCCCUGGUGGCUGGGUUAGCUUGAAGAUCGGGUUGACGGGUCUCGUUGCUGCUCAUCUGCAUGACUUCUUAACUCGGAUAUACCCCGAGUUCGGCAACGGCAUCAACCUCAUUCCGACUCCAGGUUUCCUUACAUGGGCUGUGGAUGCACUGGGGGUCGGGGAAACUACCCCCGGACCAGCAGAGCAGCCCCAGAGGGAAGGAGCUAGGAGCGGUCCUUUACCGGAUUCAUGGAGGAGUAAGGGUCCUGGUAGACGUUUAGGUUAAGACAGCACGUGUUUAAAUAGUUAAUGAUGGACGA